AGUCCGAUCUUUCCUCACAAUUCGGUCUUAUGCUCAAGGGUCAGUUGCAUGUGGUCAUAAUUCAUUGUUAGCUUGCGCUCGGAAACCAAUACAGUAGUUACACCACCUAAACAUGGGGUCCUGCUGGACUUUUUCGAUCACCAAGCCUGGCACCAGCAAGACAUUCGACUAAAUCAUGCCUGGGUGUUGCUACCGUGGUGGCCCCGAAAUCGGCCGGGGCGAUCCUUCCGCGGCGCUUGGAGGGAGCGUCCCAAGCAGUCCCAUCGUGCCUAGCUUACAGGGUUCUGAAUUGCCGCCGAUCAGGGGGCAGCAAGGCUUUCUGGGUGCCAGUGUGUCCUCUGGUGGUAGUCUUCCAUCCAAGACGUCGAGCCCUCGGAUUCCGAAGCCCUCACAGUAUACCGGCCUCAAUAUGCGACGGAAGGAUGCAAUAGCAUAUGCGGAAGCCAUGGCGAGGGCGCCAGCAGGCGACCCGGAC